CAUUGACCCAGGUGCACCGCGGGAGAGCUGAGCCGCCGGGCUGGUCCCGCCGGAGCAGGCGCUGGGAGCGGGCUGCGGUCGGAUGCGAGCUCCAGCGCCCCGGACGCGGCGUGGGAAGGGGCGGCGGGGCUGGAGGGCUCAUGUCCCCGCCGAGCCCCGCAUGGCCCCGGCGAGACGAGCCGCCCCGCUGCGGCACCGCCGCCAGCCCCCCUGCCGCCUCGUCCGACAGCGACUCCGGCUGCGCCCUGGAGGAGUACCCGGACCCCCCCGAGGUCCCGGUGCGCUCGGCCGCCCGCUCGUCCCAGCCGGCCCCCGUCGUCUCCGGGAGCGGCCUCCGCGCCAAAGCCCUGCUGCAGCAGCUGCCGCCGCAGGACUGCGAUGAGCGGUACUGCCCCGGCCUGGCGGAGGAGGAGAGGAGGAGGCUGCAAGCCUUCAGCGCCCGGCGGCGGCGGGAGGCCCUGGGGCAGGGGCUGGCUUGCCCCGUGCCGGGUCCCUGCCACGGGUGUCCCUGCAAGAAGUGCGGCCGGAGGCUGAACCGCGGCGACCCGGGGGUUUCGGCGUCCGGGCUGGGCGACGAGCUCUGGCACCCGUCCUGCUUCUGCUGCCACUUCUGCCACCAGCCCCUGGUGGACCUCAUCUACUUCCAGCAGGACGGCAGGAUCUACUGCGGCCGGCACCACGCCGAGCUCUUCCGGCCCCGCUGUGCCUCCUGCGACCAGCUCAUCUUCCUGGACGAGUGCAUCGAGGCGGAGGGCCGCCGCUGGCACCCCCAGCACUUCUGCUGCCUGGAGUGCGAGGUGCCGCUGCGCGGGCAGCGCUACGUGCUGGCGAGCGGCCGGCCCUGCUGCCGCCGCUGCUUCGAGAGCCUCUACGCCGAGCCGUGCCAGGCCUGCGGCGAGCCCAUCGGCGCCGACAGCGAGGAGGCCACGCACCAGGGGCUGCGCUGGCACGCCCGAGCCGCCUGCUUCUGCUGCAGCCGCUGCCGCAAGCCGCUCCGCGGGCAGCCCCUCACCGCCCGCCGCAGCCUGCUCUACUGCUCCGAGGCCUGCAGCCGCCAGCGGGACACCGACGACGACGACACCUUGGCCCCGGACUCGCCGCCCGUCUCCCGCGCCGGCCCUGCCACCCCCAGCACCUCGCCGGCACCCGUGGCCGGGGGCUGCGGGCGGCGGGUGCAAGGCGCCGAGCUGGAGCUGCUGCUGGAUGAGGCCCCUGUGCAUCCCGCCUUCAGGAGCGCGGACGACCGCGGGGCAGCGGCCGAGGAGAGGAGCGGGGAUGUGGGGAUGCAGCCCGGCGCGGAGGGUCCGGGCGGCCCUGGAGCCCAGGGCCACCCGGCUGCAGGGAGCCCCGAUGCCGGGACGCCGCGGGGUGACAGGGACCUGCGCUGCCCCGGUGGCCUGUCCCCUGCCCGGCCCAGCCCACGGCCGGGGGACGCCGAGCUGCAGGAUGGCACGGAAGAGGAAGACUCCUGGUGCCCGACCUGCUCUUCAUCCUCGGACUCGGACGAGGAGGGUUUCUUCUUCGGGAAGCCCAUCCCCAGGCCUGGGAUGAGCCCCCCGGGCAGGGAGCGCCGGGGCCCGGGGUGGGCUGGGGGCCGGCCGGCGAGGCCGCGGGGCGGCAGCCGGCACUGCAGCGUGUCCUAGCACGGGAGCCGGGGUUUCCAUCCCAUCCCCGUGCGGCUUGGAACCGGCCCGACGCCGGUGGGGAGAAGCCGCGGGGAUCCCCUCGCUGGCAGCUGCCGGCCCCGCGCCAUCCAGAACAGGUAACGCGAGCGCGGGAGCAGGGAGCAGGCAGCCUGCGCUGGGGCCGGGCCGGUCCUUCUGCCCCCACGGCGGGUGCGACCCCCCUGCAGGAACAGGGCCCUGAAGCCGCGGCCCCGCACCGGCGCCGGGACCACGGGAGGGGAGGGGAUGGGAGGGCGGCGGCACUGCUCCCGGCUCCGACACCGGCGCUCCAAUAAAUCUCGGCCGCGAUCUGGACGCGGGAGAGGCAAACGAGUCUGGCCCGUUCCUCCCCCGCCGGG